AAUCACAGGGACUUUCCGCAUCUCCUCACCUUUCUGGGGAAUCGGUCCGCUUAAACUUCCUUAUUUUACAGGGCUUUAUUCAGCCUCAGCUUCCAGACUUUCUUCAGUUUGCUGCUUUGCAGGACAAAGUUUCAGGACUGAUGGAAAACGCUCCAGAAGAUGCUCCUCUGGCCAGAGGGAGUGUGGCCGGCAGUCAGGAUGACCUGGUUCCCCCUGUAGCACAUCCAAGGUGAGAGGAAAUUAAUAUUAUAUAAACUCAAAGUGAUGUCAGGUACCAGUUAUCCUCCUCUCAUGUUUUAAAUAAAUACACCAUCAAACUUUUUUUAAUUCAAUACACUUGAAUAUAACUUGUGUAAACCAUGUUUAUAGAUUCAGUAACUUCGAUCUGGUAAAGAAAAAAGUCAUAUAUCCUUCUUUUUUAUCAGUUAAGAACUAAAAUAUUAACUUUAUGCUUGUAAACUUCGUGUUUUCAUCAUUCAACACGUAUUUUAAGACUUCCACCUUGCACUUCCCCUCUGCGCUAGCACACAAGUUUACCUAGUAACUGGUGAUGCUGUCAUGGUAUUGGCCUAUAAUUUAGCACAAGGGGAAGAAAUCCUGUUUUUAAGAUAAAAUCGUGCUCAAAGUUAAUGGUUUGGGUGGAGGUUCUUAAAAAUAUUUACUCUUUAAAGGCUUAAAUUUAUGCUGAAUAUUAUAACGACUCUGUAGUUGUCUAAAAUAAAUCGACCCACUUUCCUCUUGACAUGAAAUAGAACAUAGCAUUAUCCUGAUUCAAAUAUUGAUAGAGUAAAUACAAACACUUACAAAAACAUCCAGGGCAGUUAAAAUUUAACUUUAAGCCUAGUUGGAAAAGAGAUAGAGAAAUAGAGAAACCAGGAAUUAACAUUUAAAAAGAUUAAUAACGUUUAUUUAUUUGUCUAAGAAAUGUUACAACUUUAAAUAUAUCUUUACCAGACCAGUGUUUGUCCUUACCUCUCUGAAAAUCAUCUGCCUAGCAACAAGUGAUGGUAGGAUCCUAUUGGCCAAUAAAAAAAAUGGCUGACUUUUUUUCAAUCUCUAGAGCCUUAUAUAUUUGAAAUCACCAUUUAAUUACUUGUGAUUUACAGUUUAUUAUUUUAUUUUAUUUUAUUUUUUUAAUCACUGAGGCUGUUGGUCCACACAGGGGGGAUUUUUGUUCAUGUGUUGGACCUUCCAAACCCUGUUUCAAAAUUAGUCACUUUUGCUUUCAAACUGUCCCAUAGCAACUCAGGAAAUCCCCCAUACAACAAUAUCUAUUAAUAUUUUGCAAAAUGUCACACCACUUGUCAUCAGUCUGAAUUUGGCUUUGCUAUGUAAUCCACUAUUCCUAUUCUCCGAUCAAAAAGAGACAUAUUUUCUUUCUCUGGCUCUUAGGGCUUCCAACAGCCGUGCUUUGAAGAUAGCUGGUCUGACGACUCUGGCAUGUCUGCUGCUGGCCAGUCAGGUGUUCACAGCCUACAUGGUGAUCAGCCAGAAGCAGCAAAUUCACUCGCUGCAGAAAUCCUCUGAGAAACUGGGAAAACAGCUGACUCGUGCAUCCAGCGCUAAAGGUAACUGCUGGUAUCCUAAUGAUCACCUAAAGGGGUGCCUUCAUCACAGUGUUCAUCAGAAAGGAGGUGGAGGAGGUUUUAAAGAAAGAAGAAGUGGAAGGGGAAUUGAAAGUUUACUUUACGGAACUUGAUCUGAUGCUAGACAGAGAAAUGAAAGAUUCAGUGGGGGAGGGGGAGGGUCUACAUUUAUGCUGAUCUUACUAGUUUAGCAAAGUUAGCGAAGACUACAUGUUGCAUGUUAUGUAUCUAUGUUCCAAGAUGUAAACUGCACACUUUCUGGACUUUUAAUAAACAAUUUAUCCUCUUUUAAAAUAUUUUUUAUCUUUUAUAAUUUAUUACCAAAUAUAUCACCAAACAUAAUUGUUUUUCACCUCAACUUAAAUCUUAAUUUUGUCAUAUCCUGUGGUGUGAUUUUCUUUACUAUCUUUUCAGCUGCAGCUCCAAUGAGGAUGCACAUGCCCAGCCUUCCUCUGAUGAUGGACUACGUUGCAGAUGAUGCUCCCAAGAAAAGCAAGACGCCCUUGACUGUGCGUUUCUAUCUGCCCUCUGAAAAAAAAAAAAACUUCAUUGUCACAUUUCAACAAACAUUUAAAAUUAUUUGUCAUUUCUGUCUAUUCCAUACAGAAACUGCAGGACGCUGUUGUCAGUUUGGAGAAACAGGUGCAAGAUGUGAUGCAGGUAUGUAACACUUCGUAUGUGAUCUGUGUCCUCACAGUGCUGUUGUUUUGUCUCUGAGCUCUGGUUGUCUUUUGAGCAGGACCCCCAGCUGCCUCAGUUCAACGAGACCUUCAUGGCCAACCUGAAGGGUUUGAAGAAGCAGAUGAAUGAGACCGAGUGGAAGGUACACCGAAAACACAUAUUAACAUAAAAACUAUUAGACUUAAAGCCAAAUGAAUCAAAUUUCAUGAUGUAUUUUUUCCCCUCAAAAUUUGUGCAGGGCUUUGAGACCUGGAUGCGUUUCUGGCUGAUCUUCCAGAUGGCCCAGCAGACGCCUGUCACACCAAAGCCUGAGACAGGUUUCUGCAACUAUUCUCAUUUUACAUUUUGUUCUUGUGUUGGACCAGCAGAUUCUGUUGUUUUACAGUUCAAGUAGGAAAUUUGUUUCUUGGCUGGAUUUUUUUUAUUACUUGCAAACAUAUUUUUUUAAUUAAUCAAAUGAGGUAGAUAUUCUGAGCAGAGUUUGAAACUCAUUAGUCUGUAAAAUCCAUACCAGUGCCCUUUUCUCAAGAUGACUAUAGUUUUAAUUUCUUUUGCCUUUUUGCGACUUAGGUUAAAAGUGCAUAGCAGAAAAUGUUUGAGUUUACAUUUAGUGGAUGGUAAAUCUUUUCCAUGACAAAAAGUUAUUCCACUACUUUCUUCUUUACGAAUAAUGUAUUACAGCUUCUGAUGAUCAUAACUCUUGUCCUCUGAGUUGCAAAAUCGAACAACAAGCAUAGAAGCAGGUGUAACUUGCCUUGUCACUGUAGGUAACUAGAGUGUGGUAUGUUAUAGUCUGGCCACCCUCAGUGACAGAGCUGUUGUUUGUUUUUGUACAUAACCAGAAAAUUAUCCUGUUGUCAUGAGAAAGAAAGCGUUUUUAUUUCCAUAAUGAGAGACAUUGAUUCCUUGAUUGUAGGAAGCUUUGUUUUCUAAAGAUAUUGAGAGAAAGACGUUAAGAUACAGCGAAAACAUCUGGAAAUGACUUAUCAUUGGAAAAAUGAGUAAAUUUACCAUUUGGAUACAUGUCCAUAAUUUCUUUCAAUGCUCAUGAGGGGACAUAAAACAAGAAAUUAGCACAGUCGGAAAAGUAAAAAUUCUGAGAAAUAUCAGUUGUUUUUUUUUGGCAGGGAGUUACAUUAGCAUUAGCAUUUACAUUAGCAUUACAUCAGCAUUACUGACGGAUCUUUAUUCUUUCAAUCCUGCAGCACCUGAGAUCAAGACCAAAUGUGAGCUGGAGUCAACAUCUAAGACCGGCAAACUGGGUGACUACAGGCCUCAGUGUGAUGAGCAGGGAAAGUACAAGCCCAUGCAGUGCUGGCACUCCACCGGCUACUGCUGGUGUGUGGAUGAGUCUGGCACAGUCAUCGAAGGCACCACCAUGCGGGGCCGUCCCGAUUGCCAGAGAGGUAAAGGAAAAAUGAUAAUCAGUCCUAUUUGAGUGCUUUAUUUUUCGGUUUUCAUUCUCGGCUCAAGUGGAUGUUCAUGUAAGUUUAUCUCUAACAUGUUAACUGUUCACUCCAGGCUUGGCUCCUCGUCGAGCAAUGUUCUCACCUAUGCUGAUGCAGAAGACCAUCGGCAUUGAUGGUGAGGACUUUUCAUAAGUUUGUUUUUCUUAUUUGGAUUCAUAGUUAAUUAUUCAUUAGUGGUUGUUAUAUGUAACUCAUAAUCACUUGUUGUGUUUUUGAAUUUUCAGAAGAGUGAAAGACCUGAAGAAAAGGUUUUGGUGUCCCUUUUCAUCGAGCAGUCUAUUCAAUCAUGAGCUCAAUUAUUCCAAGCUGACCAUUGUGCUGUAAUUGCUUAUCAAUGUUCUUUUUUAUUCUUUUAUUGAAAUCUCUUUAUUCUCAACCAUUUUUUUUUUUGGCUUUUAUAAAUAAAAUCAGUAGAGGCCUGUUACAGUUUAUUGCUUGAUGGAUUUUUGAUUUCAUGUAUUUUAACAGUCAGUAUGAGGUGUUGUGACUGAUCAAUAGAAAAUAUGUGUGACACACACCACACUGGGAAAGCUUUCAAGGGGACUUUUUUUUUGGGCACUUUGUAAUAUCAUAUUUUUGCUCGACCAAAAAAAAGCAGCUUAAUUAAAAAGUAAAGAGAAAAUAUGUUCUCAAAAUCUGUGUGAAUCAACUCUUUAAUAUAUCUGCAUUAGGAAAGACUUUAUUAUGAAAGUGUUUGUGUUGUGAAGGCUAAAUAAAGAUUUCCUAUCAGCUCUGUUGGCUUUGUUCUACAAACGUACGAAUAAGAGUUUUUGGCAGACAUAAAACAGUUGUGCUGGCAUUAAAUUUGCUUGAAGUAACAAUGUACUACUUCAAUAAAGUCAGUUUACACUGGGUCUGUGUGAUUCUGUUUAAUUUUUAAAAUGA